UAGUGAUGAUGAGGGAAGAAGGCAGGCCACACCCAGCAGAGAGUAGAGACCAGUAAACAAGUGCACAGCUGCAGCUCAGAUCGGCUCCAUCACACACAGACACCAACACCGUCACUAAUGAUCUCCACCACAUCCAGCACAGCAGAGAUGGUCACGCAGGGGAAACUUCAGAUCAACGCUGUGGACAACGUUGAAGAUAAAACAGCAGGCAAACUGGGAUGUUGUGGCUGGCUGUUGGUCAUCAUAUCCCUCCUCUUCAUCAUUCCUCUCUUCCCAAUCACGCUUUUUAUGUGUGUUAAGAUUGUGCAGGAAUAUGAGCGAGCCGUCAUUUUCAGACUCGGCCGGAUCAUUGACAGGAAGCCUAAAGGACCAGGACUUUUCUUUGUGUUGCCCUGCACUGACACCUUUGUGAAAGUCGAUCUGAGGACUGUGUCCUUUGACAUCCCUCCACAAGAGAUCCUGACCAAAGACUCAGUGACGGUCUCUGUGGACGGCGUGGUGUACUUCCGCAUACACUGUCCAAUUUCAGCGGUGGCCAAUGUGAGUAACGCUCACUUAUCAACGCGUCUGCUCGCUCAAACCACCCUGAGGAACGCACUCGGCACCAAAAACCUGUCAGAGCUGCUGUCUGACAGAGAGGGCAUAUCUCUCAGUAUGCAGGAAUCCCUGGAUGAAGCCACUGAUCCGUGGGGUAUUAAAGUGGAGCGCGUGGAGAUCAAGGACGUGAAGUUACCUCAGCAGCUGCAGAGAGCCAUGGCAGCUGAGGCGGAGGCCAGCCGUGAGGCCAGAGCCAAGAUCAUUGCUGCAGAAGGUGAGAUGAAGGCGUCCCGCGCUCUGAAAGAAGCCGCUCUGGUGAUCGCCGAGGCUCCUUCUGCUCUCCAGCUGCGAUACCUGCAGACGCUCAACGCCAUCGCGGCAGAGAAGAACUCCACCAUCAUCUUCCCUCUGCCCAUGGAUAUGCUGCAGGGUUUCAUGCCGAGCAAGUGACGAGGGAAUCCUGUGAGAGCUGUUAUUUUGCACUGAUAUUAUAUUAUAUUAUAAUGUUAUUACAACAACCUGCCACUUUAUUAGGUACACAGGACAGCUCACUGAAACACGUGGCACCUGUGUUCCGCUGCUGAGGCCGAGCUGCUUUGAAGGUUUGACAUGUUGUGCGUUCAGGACCCUCCGUCGUUGUGAGUCUGACGUCUGGAAUCAACGAUGCACUUUUACAGAGAGGAGUGAGGCUCACUGAUUAUUCUAUCUUUGGUUUGACGUCAUUCUGAAUUAGAGCUGAAACAAUUGCUCGAUUAAUCGAUUGCUAAAUGAAUCGUGAACAAUUUUGAUAGUCGAUUAAUCGGCGUGAAGCUUUUUUCAUUAUUAAAGCAACGAUUGCUGAUUGUUUCAGCUUCUUAAAUGUGAAUACUUUCUGGUUUCUUUGCUCCAGAUAACAAAGAAAUCCUUUAAACCGAAUCCUUUUGGUUUGUGGACAAAACAAGACUUUUGAGAACCUCAUUAUUUCCAGGUUUGACAUUUUAUGGACCAAUUACUCGAUUAAUCGAGAAAAUAAUCGACAUAUUAAUCGAUUAUGAAAAUACUAGUUAGUUGCCGCUGUACUCUGAAUCAACGUACGACUAACUCCCGGAUGUUUUUAUUAUUCUCACUUCAAUAUCUCUUCUCUAUUUUUAUGUGAUGUUUCGAUUGCUGUGUUUUUACGCUUUUUUUUUUUAUUGCUUCCUUUUAACUUUAUUAAAGCACUUUAAGGUUGUCUUUUUAAAAUGAGCUAUAUAACUAAAUUUGACUUUUGAUCUUAACGUGUUUAAAAGCAUUUGAACAAGAACAAUA